UCCUCACUGCUGUGCUGCAGUCCUGUGGGAGGAGCAGCGGUGUGGGUGCGAUGGCUGUGGAGCAGAAUGGUGAUGGAAGAGCCAGAGCGUGGAGUGCGGGGAGCCCUGGGGCUCAGGAUGGCCCUGCAGCAGUGGUUUGUGGCUGAAGGAUUUCGUGCAGAUCGUCCUAUCGCUCAGUGCUGCAGGGAUGUGCAGGUAAGGAGACCCUCAUUCUUGCAAGAAGGGGUGGGCAUUUCGCUGUGUUUAUGGUGGAGGGAACCUCAGCCUCACAGAGCAGCACAGGAGGUGCCCCUCAACCCCAAGGCUCUGUGUAGGGGAGCUCCAGCACUGUAUGGGGUCCCCGCUGUGCUGUGCAGCGGUGCCUCCCAAACACACCCUGAGCAGCAGAUGGGAUUGGGAUGGGACUGGGCCUAUGGCUGGGAAUAGGACAAGGCUGCCAGGCUCUGUUCCGUGCAUCCCAGGGGAGUGGGACGGAGCUGCCAUUGGCUCCAGCAGGGAGUGCUGACCGCCAGCCUCCUCCGAACUAUUUCCUGUUGCUGCAGCGUUAAUGCUAAACAGACCUUUCUCUCUCGUCUCUCCACAGCCAAAGUGCGGAGGCUCCGCUGCCGUCCCGAUGCCCCACAUGCGCUGUCCCCAGGGGCCCUGAGCACAGCCAUGGAGAGCCGCAAGCAGAACAUGGAGCUGCUGAGCAACAGCAUGGCUGCGUACGCACACAUCCGAGCCAACCCUGAGAGCUUCGGGCUGUACUUCGUGCUGGGCGUCUGCUUCGGGCUGGUGCUGACGCUGUGCCUGCUGCUGCUGCGCAUCUCCUGCCGGCCCCGCACGCAGCACGCGGCCCGGCCCGACCUCAGCGAGGACGAUGAGGAUGAUGAGGAUGAAGAGGAGGACACGGUGGACCGCGCCGCUUCCGAGUCGCUGCUGCCGAUGACCGAGAUCCCAUUAGAGUGCCACGGCCCCGGGGACGGCGCUGCACCCAUCAACGUCUUCGCAUCGGCAGAGGAGUUGGAGCGGGCGCAGCGCCUGGAGGAGCGUGAGCGGAUCAUCCGAGAGAUCUGGCGCAACGGGCAGCCCGACCUGCUGGGUGCCGGCACUUUGGGCCGCGGGCAUUACUACUGAGGGGGGCCAUGGGCAAUGGGCACCCACCCGGAGUAGGGCGGCACCCACGGAGUUCCCUCACCCCACCGCUGUGGGACAUGAUGCACUUUGAGCCAUUGGUACGAAGCCGGGCGGGGGCCCAGCAGCCCCAUGGAUGAGCACAGGGCUGUGGGUGCUGCCCCCAGCAUGGUGCCCUCCUGCCUGGUUCCCAUUCCUGUUUCCAUGCCCGCUGUCUUUGGCCUUUCCGGCACCACCCAGCACAGUGCCGGCUGUUUCCCGGUGGGCUCAGAGCUGCUCACGUUCCCCCCAGCCCGUGCUGCUCCCAGCCCAGCUGCCCCUCCCUCCACAUCUACAAAAAUAGCUCCUUCCCAGCCUGGCCCCGCCAGAUCCAGAUGUUUUCCAGAUGUUCUCCCAGUCCCACGCCAGUGGCGCGAGGCCAAACUGUGCCGAGGGCUGGGGAUGGGAAAUGGUGUGGGGGUGGUGAGGAGGAGGAGGAAGAGGCACGGCUCCCUGCUCUGCUCCCAGCCAGCAAUGGGGCUGUCGGGGCCCUGCAUUCCCCCAGCUGUGACUCUCAGCUUCAUUGGGGGACACAGCAGAACUCAGAGCCCCAACCUUGAGCACACAGCAUCUGAGGCUGCAUAGAGCACAAAGGCCACAGAGCAGCAGAGGGACAGGGAGGGCUUCUGCACUGCAGCAGCGAAUGCUCCUGCAGAUGAAGGCCUUUUGAGUUGGGUGGCAUCGAACCCAUGGAAAAGGGGCCGAUGCAGCUGCAGCCCAAACCCCCGUGCCAAACUACCAGCAGUGGGAGGAGCCGUUUCCUCCCCAGGCUGCUCCACGAGGCUGAAGGAGCAGCGAACACUGAGCACCUUUUGUCCCAUGUUGGUUUAAGGGCUCAAAUUCCAACGUGAAGGAAAACACAGACCGCAAACCCAGGGCAGCAUCACCUCACACCAGGCACAGCAGUGUUCCUUUCCUCUGGAGUGAGAGCAGUGGAAAAACCUUCCCUAAGCUGCAGCAGCAAAAGGCGGUGACCAAUGCAGUCCUUCACAGCUGAUGGGCACAGAGGUUUAGUGCCAGAAUAAAGCAGAGGGCUGCCAAAAGCACAGGCAGGAGGGCUGGGCUGCUGGGGCUGAGGCAGACAUACUGAAACACAGAACGAAGCCGUUACACCUACUCAUUUUAUUGUGUUUUAUUUGCAUAAACAAACGUCAGGGGUUCGCUAAAGAGGAGCUGUUCAAGUCAAAAGAAACCGAGCUCUAGUUGGUGUGUGCAGGGGGUGAGCACAGCAAUGGGGGAUGGGGGGAGUGGGAUGGGUACAGCAGAGCACAGCCCUGCCCUCGGCCCCAGCGCUGCUGCCAACUUCUGCUGAGGAUUCUCAUUCAAAGCAGAAGACAAACAGCCACGUGUGGCCAUCCUACACAGCACAGGAGAGGGUUUGCCUUCAUUUUUAUAAAAAGAUUAAUAAAAAAUACUGAAAAAUCCUCGUCUUUGCUUUGACGUUUGUAGCCCAGGGCAAUGCUGAGGGGCCUUAGAAAACUGUUACCUGGGGCAGAGCGCCAGGGGUCCCAGCAGAAGAGGGGGACAGACAACACGGGGCUGCAGCACACACCAGGCCUAACGCUGUACACAAACAGUGGUGAGAAGGAGGGCGUCUUUUCUUUGCGCUUUAAAAUCAUGCUCAUUUUGUUGCCUUUCAAACAAAAAAAAAAAAGGAGGGGGGGGAGAAAGUCAUUUUUAAAAGGCCCUAGAAGUCAACUGUUACAUUAAAAAAAAAAACAAAAACAUUUAAAAAACCAAAAUCAUAGCAGUUUGGUCCCAACAAGUUAACAUUUAGAUCUUUAUUCACAUGCUUCAUCGCUUCUUACUUCAAGAACCAAAAAUAGUUUCCAAAAUUAUCAUUUAAUUGAUGUUACUACACAAAGGCCUAAAAGGAGAGUAUGAAAUUAAAAAAAAA